AUGCCGUGGCCCCUGCUGCUGGUGCUGGCCAUGACCAGGGCCCAGACGACCCGGCCCUGCUUCCCUGGGUGCCAGUGUGAGGUGGAGACCUUUGGCCUCUUCGACAGCUUCAGCCUGACACAAGUGGAUUGCAGUGGCCUCGGCCCGCAUAUUGUGCCUGUGCCCAUCCCGCUGGACACAGCCCACCUAGACCUGUCCUCUAACCGGCUGGAGAUGGUGAAUGAGUCGGUGCUGGCAGGGCCAGGCUAUACCACACUGGCGGGGUUGGAUCUCAGCCACAACCUGUUGAACAGCAUCUCCCCCACUACUUUCUCCCGCCUUCGCUACCUGGAGUCACUCGACCUCAGCCACAAUGGCCUGGCAGCCCUGCCUGCCGAGAGCUUUGCCAACUCACCCCUGAGUGACGUGAACCUUAGCCACAACCGGCUCCGUGAGGUCUCCGUGUCUGCCUUCACGACCCACAGCCACGGCAGGGGACUGCACGUGGAUCUCUCCCACAACCUCAUUCACCGCCUCAUGCCCUGCCCUCCACGGUCCAGCCUGCCCACGCCUGCCAUCCAGAGCCUGAACUUGGCCUGGAACCGGCUCCGUGCUGUGCCCAACCUCCGAGACUUGCCCCUGAGCUACCUCAGCCUGGACGGGAACCCACUGGCCACCAUCGGCCCAGGUGCAUUCACGGGCCUGCCAGACCUUAGUCACCUGUCACUGGGCAGCCUGCAGGGUAACCCCCAGCUGGCACCUUAUGGGUUCCGUGAGCUGCCAGGCCUGCAGGUCCUGGACUUAUCUGGCAACCCCAAGCUCAAGUGGGCCGGAGCUGAGGUGUUCUCAGGCCUGGACUCCCUGCAGGAACUGGAUCUGUCAGGCACAGGCCUGGUGCCCCUGCCCGAGAUACUCCUGCACCACCUCCCAGCACUGCAGCGCCUCAGCGUGGGCCAAGAUGUGCAGUGCCGGCGCCUGGUGCGGGAGGGCACCUACCCCCGGCAGCCUGGCUCCAGCCCCAAGGUGGCCCUGCACUGCAAAGAUUCCCGGGAAUCUACAGCCAGGGGUCCCAACACUUUGUGA